ACUUUUUAGCCAUAAUUCUUAAUUUUAGCAGUGUUAAGUUCAACUGAGUUGGUCCGUGUGCUGUUUGCAAAUUAGCGCAUCAAGAUGACCAUCCGCCCAGCGUACAGGCCCAAGAUCGUGAAGAAGCGCACUAAGCACUUCAUCCGCCACCAGUCGGAUCGUUAUGCUAAGCUGUCGCACAAAUGGCGCAAGCCCAAGGGUAUCGACAACAGAGUGCGUCGCCGCUUCAAGGGACAGUAUCUGAUGCCCAACAUCGGUUACGGAUCGAACAAGCUCACCCGCCACAUGCUGCCCACCGGAUUCAAGAAGUUCCUGGUGCACAAUGUGCGCGAGCUGGAGGUCCUGCUCAUGCAGAACCGCGUCUACUGCGGCGAGAUUGCUCACGGAGUGUCCUCCAAGAAGCGCAAGGAGAUCGUUGAGCGCGCCAAGCAGCUGUCGAUCCGCCUCACCAACCCCAACGGUCGCCUGCGUUCUCAAGAGAACGAGUAAGCUUAAGAUUCUUGCGAGUUUUUAUAACGUGGUCGGAAUACAAAUUUGAAAACGUU